AGCUCGCGUACCAGUGGUCUACAUGUGCUAGCAUCGACCAACCUACCUUCCUCAGAUGUAAGCCUGCUUGUGCUAGAUGAAGCUUAGACAGGAUUACGAUGGGUAUCGUGGGUGGCGGCAGAACGAUGAGGUAAUGCUUCAGCGUCAUGGCAGAAGAUGAAGAUGAGGUCAAGAAAGAGCAGACUGCUGCGGAGAAGCUACUGUUCUAUAUCACAGCCUCGUUCGUCCUGCUCGGGACGUUCAGCCUGUUCGCCUUCUUGUUCCUGGUGCCUUUCGUGAUAGAGCCGGCGAUCACGACGAUCGUGAUGGAGUUCUCGGAGACGCCGGCGUUGUGUGUCACAUCCGAGAUCAUCUGGAACCGCGGGGCCUCCAACUGCUCCUGGACCUCCUGUAAGGAGGGCUGCACAAAGGAGGUGUACGAGUGCACGCAGAUCCGGGUAAACUACAAAGUGACCACACCGGAGCCUCUACCCUCCACUGCCCCUCGCCGCGAGGAGAGAGCCAUCAGGGAGUACGACUACCCCGACAUCUACUCCCCGGUGGAUGAGGACCUCCCUCCAGAACCCCCCAGUCCUACGGGACUCAUGGGGAACACCUCCGAGUGGUAUUACAUCGGUGCCAAACUGUUCCCGAACGUCAAGGGCUGCGGGUACCCUCCGUCGCUCAACUGUUCCGUGUGGUACAAGACGCACCUCGGGCUCGGUACGAACUACUCGUGUUACUACAGCCGUAUAGACCCGGGGUUGGUCAUCAGUGAUUUGGACAUGAACCAAGUGUAUAUGAACCUCGUGUACGCCACGGCCAUCCCCAUACCGUCCUUCAUCGUGUCCGUCAUCUACUUGACUAUAGCUUACUUUUAUAUAUACUACGACGACUCGGACCCCCCUCGUAGGCCCCCGAGAGGAGGGAGAGGAGAUCCUGUGGAGGUGACCCCCCUACCUAUGUCCACACCCCAGCCACCUCCUACCAGUGGGGCGCUCACCCCGGCGUCGGAGAUCUUUAGAGAGGACCUCGCCAGCUUCGGACAUCAACUCAAGAUCUGCAUGGCGGACGACAUGAGCAGAGAGAGUAUCAUACCUGACUCCGUCCCCUUCAUCAACUCCAACUCUAUGAACGGGUGGAAUGAUGAGGAAAUGGAAAGAUUGCCGCUUAAAAGGAACCUGAACAAGAUGAUGACGACCAGUAUCUUGACGCCUCCAGGACCCAUCGCUGAUGUCUAGGAGGUCAGCUGUAGAGGUCAGAUCAAGGUCACCGCUGCUGUAACCAAGCCAGAGCCGCUCCCGCACUCGUAGUGUGAUCGUUUCAGUUGUUUUCUAAGCUUUACAACUUAUGAUUUCAACCAAAGACCAUUUUAUGAAUUGCUCAUCAGUUACCUCGUGCCGUAGCCUUGUAGAAGCUUGGACAGUGGGACCACAACGCCGACUUUUGUUCUUAGUGGAAUUUACUUAUUUGUGACAAAAUUGUUAUCGGUCUUGAGUCAGUGUUGAGACCAUAGAUUCUUAUAUCGACUGUUAGUAUCUCUUUUGUAAGAUUUGAAAUGACUACAACCUAUUCCUUGAAAAGUAUAAUGGUUUUGAUGCUAAUUCUGCUUUUGUUCACGUUUAUCAUAAAAAUGUAUAAACAAAUUAAAGAUAAAAUCAAAUAUGACAACUUUAAAACGACUCUUACAGCUCACAACCAAUUUAUUGGCAAAUCUUUAUACAAAAGGUGAUUCCCUACUACUUUAAGUUUAACAUGAUUUACAUUACGUUAUGAACGAGGAUUUUAAGCAAUAACGUAUAGCUGAUGUUUCAACGGUUGUUAAAUGCAAAAAAUGCAAGGGCAUUUUAGCUAUGUGCUCGGCUAGCCGGGACUUUCAUCGCUGGAGGGUUGGCAUCCCUUCUUCGUCGCGGCAGCAAUACUUCUUGUGAUAUCCGACCACACGUUUCUUUGUCUUUCAUGUAUCUUGCUUUGUAAAUACCUGUUAAAUCGUUGAUUAUGACAGAACAACGGAGAUCACGUUCUGAAUACAUCGUUUUACUAUUAAUAGUUUAAAUCAGGGUAAAAAGUUUGUUAGAGUUUAUAGUUGUUGGUUAACUUUCAGGAUUUACUAUUCUUCAAUAUUGUGGUGUUUCAAAACAUUAUUACUUUCUUCAAAUACAUUUUUGAACGAGAUAUUAAAAAUUGAAAACCAAUCGAUGAUUGUUUCUAAAUUUAGGAUAUAAAAAAAUAAUAAUACACUUAUGUUUUAGAUUAUGUCAACAGUCAAUAAUUUUCAAACAAACAAUCACUCUUAGCUCAAAUUGCUAAAAUAUUCUUUCUAUCUGGAGCUAAAAAAUAUAAGCUUUGUUAAACAUAAAUUAUAAAUGUUGUUCUCUUGUAAUAGGCUGAUGUUUUAAAAUAGUACCUUAACAAAAUAAGAUGCAAAUUGGCAUUGCUUGAACCAUGUAACUGCAGCUAAACUCACAUACUCACAUACUUUCCUUUCUCCUGAAACUAUCGAGACUUGUAAAAUAUGCAUCAGAGUUUGGUGUAAGUCAAUGUAACUCAAUACUAUACUAUUUGUCUGCCUACUAAACAAUCUUAGAGGCAGUGUGGUGACUAUACGCAUCUCUAGUAUGUAAACUUCCAGCCGAAUAGGAUUUAGAAGUAUCACUAAAUGCCAACGAACUAGAUACCUCCAUUAAGGAUGAUAGUAUUUUAUAAAUUCAGCGGCAAUGCUUAUAUACAUCUCACCGAAUUUCUUCUGGUAUUUUCUGGCAUAAAAACACCAUUUUGAUGUAAAAAAUUGUGAUCUUUAUAGUGGAUAGCUUGCACUAUUCUUAAAUUUUGUAGUACAUUUUGUCUUAAGUUUCCCCAAUAUAAAGAAUAUAUCACACAUAAGGGGACAAUUAGGUUUACAGAAACUAAACAGUUAAUAUAAACUGAGAUUAACUGGGACAUGUUACAAUGUUUAAUGACAGGAUUUUAACAAUAACAAUGGCGUCAGACAACAUAAAAAGCUGAUGGCCAUGUAAAAUAUAUAUUUUUACAUUUGCAGUGGAAUAGUGUGAAAAGAUUAUUGUUACAAACCAACUACAAAUGCAUAUCUUUGCGAUACUCGGUAUAUUUCUUGUAUUAAUCUAAAAAUAAACCCGGGCAAAACUAUAUUCCUGGUUAACCCAGCAUAGUUCUUAGUCCCUUUUUGGUAUAUCUAGUCUACUGUUGAGGUUGAAAAAUAUUUGUACGGAGUUGAAAAAUAAAUAAAAACAGUUUAGUUUAUAAAGCCGACCAAAUGUUAUCUAUUUAAAUUGCUAUUCUUAGAAAUUCUGGUAUUCAUUCAGGGAGUAUUUCCAUCAUUUAACUUGUUGAAAUGAAACCACAGAUGAAAUGAUCGGUUUGUUGCAAAGGCCACUAAUCCCAUUAAUGCGAGAGGGUUACUUGGGUAUAAUGUAUUCAUCAGUAACUUCCUCAAAUUAAUCCAAUUUUAUAACCUUGAUACUUAGAAAAGAAAUGUACUUUUUGCCUAAUUUAAGUUGUUAUCUGUGAAGCACUUUUUUAAAGAUUAAAUAUUUUUAAAAGUCAAUCAUCAAGGCUUAGCUGUCAAUAGAAAUGUUAAAAAUCCAGAAACUGUAAUCAAAUUCAAUUUCCCACUAGAAUGCGUUUUAUAUUGCAUGUGAAGGAAUCUUUGCCCCCCAAAAAUUAAAAGUUCGAAAUAACAGUAAUCUAAAAUACUGCCAUAUUCGUUUUCACUGUGUUACUUGUAGACUACAGUAAUCUAUAUAAAGCUGUAAGACAGUAAGACAGUAUAGUUUGAUGACAGAAUUAAAAUUUAAAAACAUCCCAUUCGGCUGGAAGGAGUAUGAAACUGAUUGUAAUAUUAUAGAUUACCGAGUUUUUACCAAAAUGAUGAACAAACAUUUUUAAACGUGUUUCCAAAUCUACAGUGUAAAUUCGAAAUGUUAUAGUAUUUUCAAUUGUUGUAUAAAUCUAAAUCUGUUGGCCUGGAUGAGGUAAUACUUAGUGUCUGAUUCGGAGUUUGUUCUACUUUAUAGAGUUCGUCCCAGUAGAGCAUGUAGUUUUCGGGCUGGAGGUUUGUACCAAAUUUAUGUUGGAAUAUAUGUUGGUAAUAUGAUGGUAUUGGCUAAGCUAGUGUAGUGUGCUCUACCUAAUAUGGAGGGGAGUAAAUACAAUCUAAGCUUAUACUAUUAUGACCAUGCAUUUAUAAGAAUAUUUUUCUCCCUGUGAUGAUGUGUACAGAAAUCUUGAAUUUUGGUUCUUAUCCUUGCUUAAUAUUUGAAACUUUCAACCAGACAAACGUGUAAAGUGUUUUUUUGUAGUUUUGUUUUCUUUUGGUAAAUAACAAUUAGAAAGAAAAUCUAAAUUACAAACAAAAUUGAAUCGGUACAAAACUCCCAGCCUUCUAACUAUAGUCUCCUUACUAGGCCAAUCUCGUCCGUUGGACAAAUGAAAUGCAAUUACAGGAGUUCCAAUCAAAACAAAAGCAGUGCUUUUCUAUCAUGUACAAACAAAGAAACGAUUUCAUUGUUAUUUAUAGUUACCUGUUUUGUAAACUGCUUUGUUACAUAGGCCUAACUCCACAUGUGAAAGUCAUUCCAUCUCGCAUAAUUGUUAUUUGAUUAAACAAGCGCAAUCCACUGGUA